AUGGGUUCACAGGUUGCAACAGAUUCUCUGGGUGACUGGUUACAAAUCCAGAUUCCUAGGACUGCCAACCCCCUCUUCUGGUUGUCUGACAGUCAGUUUUGCAAAGUGGUUGAGGACACUGCAGAUUAUGUGGAAUGUGCCUGUUCACACAUGUCUCUGUAUGCUGCCUACACCCAGAAUGACAACUUGUCUUCAUACAACGAAGCCUUUUUCUCUUCCGGAUUUAUAUGUAUAUCAGGUCUUUGCUUGGCGGUUCUUUCCCACAUCUUCUGUGCCAGGUACUCCAUGUUUGCAGCUAAACUUCUGACUCACAUGAUGGCAGCCAGCUUAGGUACACAGAUUGUGUUCCUGGUAUCUGCAUAUGUAAGUCCCCAACUCACUGAGGACAGCUGUUCAGCCAUGGCUGCCAUCACACAUUACCUGUAUCUUUGCCAAUUUAGCUGGAUGCUCAUUCAGUCUGUGAAUUUCUGGUACGUGCUUGUGAUGAAUGACGAACACACAGAGAGGAGGUAUCUGCUGUUUUUCCUUCUGAGUUGGGGCCUUCCAUCUUUUGUGGUGAUUCUCCUCAUAAUUAUUUUGAAGGGUGUCUAUCAUCAGAGCAUGGCACAGAUCUACGGACUCAUUCACGGUGACCUAUGUUUCAUUCCAAACAUCUACGCAGCCCUGUUUACCGCGGCCCUUGUUCCUUUGAUGUGCCUGGUGGUGGUGUUCGUGGUGUUCAUCCACGCCUACCAGGUGAAGCCACAGUGGAAAGCCUACGACGAUGUAUUCAGAGGGAGAACCAACGCUGCAGAAAUUCCACUGAUUUUAUAUCUCUUUGCCCUGAUUUCUAUGGCAUGGCUCUGGGGAGGACUGCACAUGGCCUACAGACAGUUCUGGAUGUUGGUUCUCUUUGUCAUUUUCAAUAGUCUGCAGGGACUUUAUGUUUUUGUGGUCUAUUUCAUUCUACACAACCAAAUGUGUUGCCCUAUGAAGGCCAGCUAUACCGUGGAAAUGAAUGGCCACCCAGGACCCAGCACAGCCUUCUUCACCCCAGGGAGUGGAAUGCCUCCUGCUGGGGGUGAAAUCAGCAAGUCCACCCAGAAUCUUAUCAGUGCUAUGGAAGAGGUGCCACCUGACUGGGAGAGAGCGUCCUUCCAACAAGCCAGUCAGGCCAGCCCUGAUUUGAAGACAAGUCCACAAAAUGGAGCUACAUUUCCUACUGCAGGAUAUGGCCAGGGGUCKUUGAUAGCGGAUGAAGAGUCACAGGAGUUUGAUGACUUGAUAUUUGCAUUAAAAACUGGUGCUGGUCUCAGUAUCAGUGAUAAUGAAUCUGGUCAAGGCAGCCAGGAGGGAGGCACCUUGACUGACUCCCAGAUUGUAGAACUCAGGAGGAUACCCAUCGCCGACACCCACCUCUAAGGCCUCACUAACUGUUCAAAUGAGGAUACUUUCACAUUUGUCUUGGUUUUGUACUAAGCCUCUAAGUACAUGCAGCUGUGAAAUAGGAAUCCAUGAGUUGUACUGAUUAACACAGAAGUGAUUGUUAUAUUUGGAAUAUAAAUGACUUAUAUGUCUGCAACCUGAAAAUACACUGCUAUAUAAAUACCCAUUUAAAUAGGUUAAUAGGAUAUACAUAUUACAAGAAUAUUAGUUGACUUUUAAUCAUUUUACUUGGCUAACAUUGUUUAAUGGAAGUAAUAACCAAUAAA